CCUUGUAGUUUUAUCCAUAAGCCUAACCAGUAGAAACGGAGAUUUGUGUGAUCAAUGGGAGACUCUUCUGCUUCAUACAUCCACCUGGUACAGCAUCUUAUAGAAGAAUGUUUGAUAUUCAACAUGAGCAAAGAAGAGUGCAUGGAAGCUUUAUCUAAGCACGCCGACAUUAAACCAGUCAUAACUUCAGCAGUUUGGAAUGAAUUGGAGAAAGAGAACAAAGAGUUCUUUGAGGCUUACAUAAGGGGAAGAGGCCAGAGAUCAACUGAGACAGAGAAAAGGCAAAGGAUUCAGAAGAGGCUUAAUGCUAUCACGAAGGAUUCAGACUAAUAGUAGAAAACGACGUCGCA